UUUUUUUUUUGAAAAAGCUUGCACAUCAGUAUGAACAUCGAUGACAUCUUCAAGAUCCCUGCAAUUCCUGCAGGACGUAACAAGAGAAAAAUGCCAGCUACACCUGAUAUUCAGUUCUUUGAUAAGUAUAAAGAUGCUUCGGAGCUUCCAGACGCUGCCACAGUAACGAGUACUAUAGCGGGAGAGCCUUCGAGUAAACGCAGUAAACUCAGUGAUGAGGAUGAAGAUGAUGUAUAUGGCGGAGAAAAGUACAAAGACGACGUCGAUGUUGACUUAGAGGAUGAGGAAGGUCGCUUUUUUGGUGGUGGAUUAACAGAAGAGCAAAGUAAUAUUUUGGAUUUGGUUGACGAAUACGACGCGGAGGAGACAGAAGCACUCACCGCGAAUAAUGUCAAAAAAAUGAUACUCAAGUUUGAAAAAGCCAUCAAUAAGAACCAAGAAAUGAGAGUUCGUUAUGCUGAUCAGCCUGAAAAAUUCAUGGAAUCAGAAGCGGAUUUAGAUGAAGAAAUCAAAAAUCUUUUAGCCUUGACAGAAGCCCCUCACCUUUAUCCAGAAUUUGUCAAGCUGGGCAGCGUGGCUUCUCUUCUAUCAUUAUUGAGCCACGAGAAUACAGAUAUUGCUAUUGACACAAUUGAUUUGAUCAAUGAAUUGAUUGAUGAAGAUGUCGGCGUUGGAUCUUCAGACGAAGAAUUAGAAAGAACGGAAGAAGUUCAACAGGGUAUCAAAUCAUUUGUAGAAGCCAUGCUGGAAAAUGAACUCUUGCCAUUGCUUGUGCAAAAUUUGGGCCGCUUAAAUGAAGACGAAGAAGCCGACCGACAAGGUGUUUUCAAAACAAUGGGGAUUUUCGAAAACAUUAUCUCUUUGGAACCUAAAUAUGCAGAGGAUAUAGCUCUAAAAACAGACAUUUUACCUUGGUUGCUAAAGAGACUACAAAAGAAAGAAUUUGAUGCCAACAUUGAAUAUGCAAGCGAAAUACUAUCCAUUUUAUUGCAAGAUAACAGAGACAUUCGUCUGAAAGUCGGUGAACUGGAUGGCAUAGAUACAUUACUAACUUUAUUAGCUGGCUACAGACGUAAAGAUGCAGAAACCGAAGAUGAAUCAGAAAUGGUGGAGAACCUUUUCAAUGGCCUCUGUUUAUUGCUGAACGAGGAGGAAAACAAGAAACGCUUUUUAGAUUGUGAAGGCAUUGAACUGAUGGUUAUUAUGUUAAAAGAAAGAACACUUGCCAGAAUUAGAGCUGUCAAAGUAUUGAAUUAUGCGCUGAAUGGAUCUAGCCGAGAUAGAUGUAUACGCUUCGUUGAUGUCUCCGGACUGAAAGUACUUUUUCCACUCUUCAUGGGAAAGAAUAAUAAAAAAUUAUCUAAAUCACACAAAUCAGCAUUUAACGAGUCAGAAGACGAGGAACAUAUCUCAUGCAUUAUUCUUUCUUUGCUACGAAACUUACGACAAGACGACGUACAAAGAAUGAGAGUAAUACUCAAAUUUACAGAAGAUGAUUAUGAGAAGGUGGAUCGACUUAUUGAGCUAAAAGAAAAAUACGAAAAUAAGGAUGAAAUGGUGAAGCAAGAUCUGGAAGAGUUAAAGAAAGACGUGGGAGUCGAAGAAGAGUUAGAAGAUUUUGAAGCAGAUUUAUAUGUACGUCGAUUGGAUGCAGGCCUCUUCACAUUGCAACGUGUUUGUUUAUUGAUUGCUGCUUUGAGUGAGGAGGAUAAGGGAGUUCGUGAAAAGGCUUUAUUGUUAAUGAAACGAAAAGGACAGUCUAUGCUAGAUGUGUUCAAGAUAAUUGAAGAAGAAACAGCUUUGAUGGCUGAUUUCAUAUCUUUACGUCGAAUUGCAAGAGGCGAGGAAGGAAGAAAUCAGGAACAGAAAAAUCAAGCAGUCGAAUCAAUGGAUGAGAUUUGAGAAUAGAAACGUCUAUUCUCAACCCACAUAUUUAAUAUCUCUGAAUCUUAUUCACACAUAGAUUAUCAUUCACAAUAAAACUACCUUCAAUUAGACUUAAGGUUCGAGUCAUUGCUUUGUGACAGUAGACGAAGCAUCUAUUACAAGAAUAACAGGCGGACUUGGGCUGAAAUGUGCCUUUUGUGUUUGCUGAAAUAAAGCAGUAAAAUUGGGA